AUGGAGAAAUACAGUGCUUUUCGUGAUCGCGGCUCGGGCAUUGCGCCUUUCUUUCCCAUCCCAACUCAACCCGCGGGAUACGCACUUCCAUUCCACCUCUUCCUCUUCGUUGUGCGCAUUUUCUUCUUGAUUCCUAUCGCCGCCGCCUACUUCCUGUUCCUCUCAUGGCUUCCCAUUGGCUCCCUCGGCAACAAAGCUGUCUUCUGGUCUAUGCUGGGUGUCCCCGGCAUCUGGUGGAUUGAUCUCGGUGUUGAUGGCGUAAAGAAGGGCUCUCUUGGCCAGAAUCAGCAAAAGCUGCCUCAACCGGGUUCUGUCAUUGCUGCUUCUCACACGUCUCCAAUCGAUGCUUUGUAUCUGGCUGCCAUUUUCGACCCUGUCUUUACUCGCUCUUACCCUGGCGAGCGUAACGUCCAGCGCAUCACUCUCCUCCAGGCUAUGCUACAGGCCCUGACGCCACCUGUUCUCACACCACCCAAGGACGCCAAACUGGUCCCAAUUUCUGAGAUUCUACGCGAGUGUCCCGGCAGCUGUGUUGCUGUCUUCCCGGAGUGCACUGCUACCAAUGGUCGGGGUAUCCUGCCUUUCUGCCCUAGUCUUCUCACCGUACCCGCCAAAACCAAAAUCUUCCCCGUCAGUCUCAAAUACACUCCUGCAGAUGUAACUACCCCGGUGCCUGGAUCUUACUUUUCUUUCCUCUGGAACUUGUGCUCAAAACCUACGCAUUGCAUACGUGUCCGUAUCGCAGAAGCCACUUUCAACAACCCUCCUGCCCCUGAGCCACCGCGCAAGAACUCAUUCCAGACAAACCUUCUCGACGAUCUGCAUUCACGCACUACCAAGGAUGAAGGUAUGAACGGCUCAGAGAAGGAAUCUUUGGACAAGAUUGCCGAGUCACUCGCUCGUUUGGGGCGUGUGAAGCGUUUAGGUCUGGGACCUGCGGAUAAGAUCGCUUUCAUCAAGGUCUGGAGCAAGAGAAGAUGA